UGUCUGCGCCCAUGGAAAAUAUUGCGGGAGAAUUGAAAGUAGAAAUAUCUGAAAAUAUUCCAGAAGAAUUAGAUUUGACAUCCCCGAAUUUGAAUCCCCUGAAGGCACUGUACUCCGAAACUAUAUAUUUGCCACAUAAGAAUCCAACGACAUUCAAUAAUCUAGCAGAAUAUGAAAAUGUUGUUAUCAAAGGAAAUGUCACUGCUAAUAGAGGGAGGGGGAGAGGGAAAAAAAUUCAAAAAGCCACCAGGACAACUUCCUUAAAACUGCAUGCUGAAACAGAGGGUGUUAACACACAAGAAUCCGAUGAAAAUACUGCUAGGUUGUUAGCACGUAGAAAGAAAAUGAAUCGCAACGUACUGACAAGAAUGUCAGAAAUUGAUGAAGGCCCAUUAACAAUACUAAAGAAAGCUGUGGAAAAACAACACAGAAUUAAAGUUUGGACCAGAAGUGCUGUCACAUGGAGGGGCUACUGUAAAGCUUAUCUGAUAGCUUUUGAUAAACAUUUUAACCUGGCAUUGAUGGAUGUUGAUGAAACAUAUCGUAUUCCUAAAGUGAUCAGAAAACCUCUUCUGGAGACAAAGUCAAAAGAAACAGAAGGUGAUAUUGCUACUAAAGAACUAUCUGAAACAGCAGAUAGUGGUGAAACUUUGACACAGGAACAAUCAGAGAUGGAAGACAGUGGUAAAACGUCAACAGUUGAACUUUCUGAGACAGCGGAUGGUGGUGAAAUAUUAACACAGGAACAAUCAGAGACUAAAGAAGGUGGUGAAACAUCAAGAGUCGAACAAUUAGAGACGUCAGAUGGUGGUGAAACGUUAACACAGGAACACUGUCACAUGUCAUUGAAUGAGAGAUUAACAGAAUGUAGAUCAGACAGUGAAGAUACAGACAGUGGAGUUGUUAGACUGACUGAAAAAAUGUCAAUCAAUCAAAAAUAUCAAUCAGCAAUAAAACAUUCAGACAAAUAUGUAGAGAUUGCAUCAGACGAAAUUCAUCAAGAGCAGACUUCUAGUUCUAGUGAAAUUUCUUCCACAGAAGCAAAUAAUACUCAACAAAUCUCAGAAAAUAACACUCAAGUCAAAGCUACCUUGAGUGAUUCAAAACCUGCCAUGUGUUCACAAGAGAAAGAUUAUAUAACAGAAAUUGAGUACAUAACCAAACAUAGACAUAUUAAUCAGCUGUUUGUCAGGGGAGAUAAUGUUGUGUCUGUUGCAUUGUUAGAUUAAAUUUUAUUUUAUAA